AUGCCCGCUGCAGCCACGCAAGAAACUACAAAACUCACUACUCUAACGACUGGAACUUCCCACCACGAAAUUGUAACCCCAUUGACAACGAAGAAAAAAGGGAAAGGGGUGGCUAUGUCGGAGGAACCCGACCCCGACUCCAUGCCGUCUACAAAUAGCAACCCUCUACCGACUACGGGACCAGUGCUCUUAGGCUCCCAUACCGAAAACCCCUCAAGCCCCGCUGCUCCUACGAGCGCGAGUAGAAUGCCCACGCCUUCCAAGGGUGUGUCAAAAUCACCCGCUGCUCCUCGAAGCGCGAGUAACUCUAAAUCCACCUAUACCAACAAGGCGAAGGUCUUCUACGACAUCAAAGAAGUAAAGGGCAUUCCCAUUUGGGUGGAGCCUAUCUCCGAAUCCAUGAAUCGAAUGUACGGAGCCUUCAAUCCCGCCGUUGACGAAGAUGUCCUAGUACCCCUAGGAGCUAUUGAUGGUGUUCUACCUGGACGAACAAAGGAGGAAUGUGACUGUUUGAGGUGCGCAGUCGAAAUGGUGUAUAAGAUGCCUAGGGAUUGCCGAUGGGAGUUCAUAGGUUCGGCAAUAAAGGACUUCGCCGCGUACAAACCCUCUAGGGAGGAAUUAGUACGCUAUACGGGACAAGGAAUCCACUACAGGGUCAAACGAACUCGACUGCUACAGGUGGCUCAAGUAGUAGUAACUGUGGACCAAAUUCUACAAGUGCUAGCCGAGUUCUUCAACAAACAAGAACGAGACCGAUUUAUACUCAAUCAAGGAUUCUCCUUCCUUCGAUUAUUAGCCUAUCAUACAAGUCGCACUGAAAUCUUGGCUACUUACCGAGUGCUGCAAUAUCGUACUACUGUAGCAUCGAAACAUCUCAUACAAGAAAUCAACACCCUUACACGAAUGUACAGAACAGAGACAGACAAAAUGUCUAUCAGUUCCUAUGAAUCUUCUAGAUCAUCAUUACGGUCUCUUUACGGUGCUGGAUCAGCGAGGAAGGAAGUAGGAAAACUGCUAGCCAGGCCGGAAUACUUCAAUCGAAUGCCAGAAGAUUUAAUCGAAAUCGCUGCAUAUCUGCGCGACAGGGCCUACAAGGAUCUACGUAAGCCCCAGGAAUUCUCAGUACAUCGGUCGCACGUUCUAAGAGAUAACGACGGAGCUAAGUCUGCUACCUCUAGGAGCUCAACCACUCCUACUAAUGGUCCUACUCAUGCGUGA